GGUAAGAAACUUGAAGAAAUAAUUUGGUCUUGAUGCCAUCCUGGUGUUAAGGAAUUGAUCCGCCCCACAUACAAAGUCCCACGAGCCAACAAGAAAUAAGGGUCUAAUUCGCAUGCUGAAGAAGAGUGAGCUUACAGUACAUCUUAUUGAUGAAUUUACAACAUCCUCAGAAUGCCCAAAUUGUAAAGACGAUUUAGAAACAUUCAAGACGAUCAUCAAUCAUCGUCCUUACAAAAGAGUCGAUAUGUCGACGGUUAAGUGUCAAGGGCUAUCAAGGUAUAUGAUAGUAGUAAAUGUAACAAUAGAAUUUGUAAUGACAAUAGCUACUGAAUUAUUAGGUGUAAAAACCCCAAAUGUUCUAUCAAAGAAUCUAAAAGAAAAUUGUGGAAUAGGGAUCUUAAACUUUCGAAAGAUUUUGGUCAGCUUAAAGAAGACAAAUAAACGCUCAAAGAUCUUUACCCGAAAACAAGAAACAAAACCAGUAUAUAUAUAAAAAAAAAACCAGAAACCUUCCGCCAAAGCUAUCGCUCUAAUCCUUUAAUGCAGGUAAACUUAAAUGCGUUUGUCUGAAACUAACAUUACUAUGUCUGAAUUUAAAGUGCGAAU